AUGAGUUCCGAAAUUGAAGCCCACAUUACCAAGAAGUAUGAUAAAAAGCGUUUGGGAAAAGGGGCUUAUGGCAUUGUCUGGAAGGCCAUUGACAGAAGAACAGGAGAGGUAGUGGCAGUUAAGAAGAUAUUUGAUGCUUUUCGUAAUCAAACAGAUGCCCAGAGAACUUUUCGCGAGAUCAUGUUUCUUCAAGAAUUUGGUGAACAUCCCAAUAUAAUCAAAUUGCAUAAUGUGAUCAAGGCAGAGAACGACAAAGAUAUAUAUCUUGUUUUUGAGUUCAUGGAUACAGAUCUGCACAAUGUCAUCAAACGGGGGAAUAUACUGAAGGAUGUACACAAACGUUAUAUCAUGUACCAGUUACUGAAGGCUAUAAGUUAUCUACACUCUGGCAAUGUCAUACAUAGAGAUGCCAAGCCCUCCAAUAUCCUGCUGGACAGUGAGUGCUUAGUAAAGGUCUGUGACUUUGGACUGGCUCGCUCACUUUCUCAGAUUGGUGUAGAUGAAGAGACCGGAGACCCAAACCUGACAGAAUAUGUGGCCACAAGGUGGUACAGAGCUCCUGAAAUUCUUUUGGCUUCUCACAGGUACACAAAGGGAGUGGAUAUGUGGAGUUUAGGCUGUAUUCUUGGGGAAAUGUUACUGGGGCGCCCUUUGUUCCCAGGCUCAUCCACCCUAAACCAAAUUGAGAGAAUCAUGGCAUCAAUAGCCAAGCCCACCAGAGAAGACAUUGACAGUAUAAAGUCGGCAUAUGGAGCUUCAGUAUUAGAGAAAACAUCUAUCAGGCCUAAACAGCGAUUGGAGGAUAUGAUUCCUGAUGCUCCUCCAGAAGCCAUAGACUUGAUGAAGAAGUUGCUCCAGUUUAACCCUGACAAACGAAUCACUGCUGAUGAUGCUCUCAAACAUGCUUAUGUCUGCAGAUUUCAUAACCCAGCUGAAGAACUGUCAUUGGAUUAUGAUGUGCUUCCACCACUGGCUGAUGAUGUUCAACUGACAAUAGAAGAGUACAGGAAUAAGUUGUAUGAGAUGAUUUCCCAGAAGAAGGCUGAGAGGAGAAGGAAGAGGCGGGAAGAUAGAACAAGUGCACAGCAGGCAAAUCGUCAUGGUCACGGGGAUGGAAACGAUGUAUCUGCUGGGGAACCUACUCAGAAAGAGAACAGCCAAGUCAGACGGGGUGCAGUUUAUGGUCAGCCCACCCAUGAGCCCCCACCCAAUGUGUCCGCCAAAUCACGUGCCCUCAUGAGGCAAAGGAGUUAUGAGAACAUGCAAGCAGAAGCCAAACUGGUUGGAGCCCCUAAAGGCAGACAAGUGUCAGCCCCUGUGGGAGGCCGAGUGCAGAGCCGCCCUGUGUCCAGUUUCUACAGAGGAGCCAGUAACCCUGUCAUAACAAGAGAGGACACAAGGCCUGGUCUGUCUGUAACCAGCUCGAGAAUGAUCCCUGGCCAGAGACCACUAUCAUCCAAAGACCCCUGCCCUAAGCCCAUAUAUGGGAGAAAGCAAUUCAGUAAUGCUGUCAAUCACCCAUCUGCUGGUGACCCAAAGUCAACAUUUGGCAGUUACACACAGAGCUAUGGAACUAUUUCAUCCAGCAGUUUGGCGGCACUACAAGCAAAGAAGUGAUGACCUCAUGACAUUACCAAUCUAACACCGUCUGCUCUCAUUUCUCACAUAGUAUGUGAUUGUAUUGCAGGAUAAGUAGUGUAGAAUAUCCUUACAUUGAUUUGCUCAUUAUCUAGAUUCAUAUUGUAACGUGCAUUUUUCACUGCCCAUUUUUAUUCAUUUGUUCACUCUGGAGGGAUCUGUUUGUCACAACUUGUGUAUAAUUUGAAUGAGAAAUGCCAUUAUUAAAAUAAUUGACACUUUAAUUAAUGACUCAUGAGCAGUUUAGAACAGUUUAUCCAGGGGUACAUCUUUCUGGUUUUAGAACUAAGUAAGAAAGUUACUUUAUUGUUAUUAAUUAACAUUUUAUGCAAAGGUAAAGAUUUAAAAUUGUGUAUACAGGCUCAUAUUGGUGUUACCUAUUUUAACAUCUGCUGUUGGGGUCUAAUUUCUAGGGCCCAUUGUAUGUUGAUUCAUAUUGGUGUGGACCAGGCUUCUAUAUAAACAGUUAUUUCUAUAUAAAUUCUUUUGAUCAAUUUCCUGUGGUCCAUGGUAACUACGUCUUCUUUAAGUCAUUCCAUUUCAGAGAAGAUUGUGGUUAAUUAGAUUCAUAUUUAAACUGUAACGGUUUCACUCAGAUUUAUAGUUUCCAUAGCAAUAGACUUAAGGUAGCAAAGUGGCCAAUUUCAGUGAUGUUAACCCAUUAGAAUUUCUACCGUUUUAUGGAGAGAUUCGAAAGUUUGGUAGACAUGCUUAUAUUGGGUUAAAAUACUUCCAAUUUUAACUACAACUGAGUAUGGAUGAUCUAGUUUCUACAACAGCAAAUCUUAUACAGCACAUACAUAUGCAUGCUUUAGUUAAUGAAAUCCAUGAUGUCAAAGAAAUAUCUUGCAGUGUGAGAAUUCAUUAAGUUCAUUUAUUUAUUUAUUUAUUUUGAGAAAUAGUAAUGAAAUAGAAUGUCUAUACAAAGCAGUAGACUGUUGAUCAGGUAACUUUAUGUAAACUGUUUAAAUUGAUAAUUGGUCUAUAGGUGUAAACAUGUCUCACUUCAUGUAGGGAUUUACUCGUCAAUCCAAAGACAGAUAAUGGAUUUUGAGUAAUUUGAAAGCUUGUUUUGUAGAUACUAGUACUCCUGUAUUUGAUGAUUUGAAGAUAUAACACAAAUCUCAAAUGCUUCAUGUUGAUUAAGGUGAGAUGGUAAAAUGCAAUGUAAUAUAUUUGAAGCGACAAUGAAAGAUACUGAAAUCCCUAAAUAUAAAAGGGACUGGCUGACUUAGAGAAGCAUCAAGACUGUCUCAGACAAAUGAGGUUAAGUAAUCAUUCCUACCCCUUGCCACAUGUACAUGUGGGGCUUCACUUUAAGGCGAGUUAACUUCACCUGUAAACCUGACCAAUUCCAUAUUCGUGAGAGGGAAGAAUGAUUCUUCCCCAAGACAUAAAUACCAAGCAGAUAAACACAUUCAAAGAAAUAAAACCAAAUGCAUGAAUAUGGUGUUUAUUCUGCUGCUUAAUAUUGAUUGACCUAGCCCAUGUACUAUCAUGGUGAGAUCCUGGCCAUGUGAAUAAUAUUGAAAUCGAGGCUAAAACCAGUUCGCAAGUGUGUCCGGUCAUUUUUUUUUUUUUU